AUGACGACGACGACAACAGCGGCUGCGACGCGACUGCUUCGAAAAAAGGCUCUAAAGCAAUGGCCCCAAAGACCCUCAACCAAUGCUCCCAACAGCACACCUGAUGGACAAUUCCUUAGUGCUCAGGAUAUUCUUCGAUUGCCAUCUCCACGGCAGGUGCAACUUUUCGUUGACUACAUCAAUCCCUACAUUAAGCAGAGCAUUCAUCCACAGCAGAUUUACUUUAUCAUUAAUCAAUGGCAUUCGUUUCGUCAAACACUACGGCAAAAUCGUCGAAUGCAGCGGCUUCAAGCUGCCGAGAGGGAAGACGCAAGACGCCGGAAGCAAAGCGAACGCCAGGAUAGCAAAGAGGUGGAUCUUUUUGCUAAAGUUGUUCUUCGAAGAGAAGCGCAAGCAUUGAGAAAAGCCACCUCAUUUGCAGAAUUCAAACGAAUUCUUCUACGCGCCAACAUAAAAUCUUCGAAAUCAAAGCGGAAUUCAAUUUCAUCAGAGAACAAUGUUGAUCUUUCUGAAGCUAGUGGUGGUGUUGUUCUUCAUUUACUUAUCACUCCAAGUUCUGAAGAGCCUCUAAUUUCUCAGAGGUUACUUGAAGGGAGGAAACGGCACAUUAGUAAGCGCAGUCUUGGCGAAAUUGAGCAUGGUAAAGAAGAAGAACUGAAGGAACCUCAUACGUCGUCACAAAAGAAUGAAUACUCGUUGCCCAACAGAAACGUUACCGAGGAUGCUUACGCAGAAGACGAAACGGAAAACCAUUCAGAUGAGGAACUUCGGGAAGCAUACAAUAGCUAUAAUGACUUCCUAAGUAGCGCUUGCACGCCGAGAAAUAGAACUCUUUGUACAAAAUCCCUCUUUCCGAGGGAUCGUGUCGACCGCUCGACCCUUUUUUUACCACCUGGUAUCUAUGUGAGACGGUGUGACAAUUCAGUGUGGAGUCCAACGUGUGGAGGCGGGAGUGUGGUCAACUCCUAUCAGGCCAUGUUCAAUCAGGCCGCGCGGUUACGCUCUCGAAUGGCGCUCAAGUCACUGUGCGCAGCAGCGGAUCGCAUGGAUGCAUCUGCCAGGCCACGAGUCACUGACCUGCGCCACUUUGAUAUCAGUGGAUCCUGCAAUUGCUUUCUUCCCGAAGAGGUGUGCCUUCCGACGGAGGUUCGUCUAAAAAUUGCCCCAGUGGUCGUGUACAACACUGCCAAAGGGACGACCACAACCGAAAUUGUCGCGUUGACGGAGCACAUCAAGUGUAGAUGUCAACGAAGAUGUGAAAAUCGGAAGUGCAUUUCGCCGCUGCGAUUGAACAUUUACACCUACGAUGACUGCUACUGCGCCUGUGCGGAGAGCGACGAAAGGUGUGAGGCACUGCUGGAUGGGAGAGCUAAGUUUACUGAUGAAGAACUUGAUGAUGUGAGGAGACAAAAUUCACUUCUGUGCGAAAAAGCCUUCAUCUCCUCGACCGCCCUCUUUCUUCUCAUCCUCCUCUUUGGGGAUGUCUCCAUGCCUCAGCGACCUUUCUUCUCCAUCAUCACCAUGACCAAAAUGGGUGAACCCACAUGCAUCCAUGCCAACUACCGGCGUUUUACAAUGUUAGGUCACUUCCAGAGUCAGCGGAAUUCGUCCCUUUGGCCACUCCUAUCCAAGUAA